GUUUUGCCGACAUGGUUCGGAUAUAGAGUGAUGAUGAGCAGAGUGUACAGAUGGACUAUUCCCUCGGCCUUCACCUCCAGGAAGAAAACUCAAGUCAUCAAGCUAAGAAAUGAAACCAUUAAAUCCUCAAAUACAAAGAAAGCAAAUUUAUCUGCAACAAGGACGGAAAGAAUUAAGCUUCCACUUUAUGACGAUGGUUUUGGUGGCCACACAUACCAUAUCAGUGAAUUCUUGCGUCAACCAUCUGGGAUUGAAGCAGUUUUGAACACAAGUGCCUUACAAAGCUUUCAGCUUCUUGAGAAUAAUGUAUACAGGUGUAUACUUCCAGAAAUUCAGUUCUUGAAUUUUGAGGUGACCCCAGUGCUAGACUUACGAGUGAUGCCUACAAGAGAAAAUUGUGUGGUUGAAUUGCUUUCUUGCAAGUUUGAGGGUUCAGAAGUCUUUGAACGGCAAAAUGAACAUUUUUCAGCUACUGUUAAAAAUCAUAUUAUGUGGGACACUAGUAUUACCGAACCAUUUUUGGAAGUUGAUGUCAAGUUGAAUGUUAGUCUUGAGGCAAGUUUCUAUAAUUAGAUUUCUCUAAUGCAAAUCUGCAAUAUAUAAUUUAUUCUUUAAUGGAAGUCUUCCUGGGUUCGCUGCUUUCAUGCCCCAUCAUACUGCUUUAUCAUCCUUCCCAAGGUUAUUAGCUCCUAUGAACUUUGCUAGUUUCUCUAGAUUUCAAACUAAGUGUGAAUUUGUCUUCCAAAAAGUGACUGAAGCUUCAAUGAAUUUUGAUUUCUGAUAAAAUCUCUUCUAAGUCUGAUUAUGUCUCUGACUUCUAUUGUAAUGAAUAAGUAAUAUUGUGCCUGUGGACAGAUUUAUACGAGGCCAUUUACUUAUCUGCCAAUAUCAGCUGUUGAGGGUCCUGGAAAUCUGUAAGUAAUACUCCAGCUUCCAUCUUUCCUGCGUACUUCUUUAAGAGUAAUCAUACUUUAGCUUACGGAUUUUGCCAGUUAUCAGCAAAGGUUGCAUAACAUAAUGCGUAUCUCAUAUGUCAAGUAGUAGCAAAUUAGAUGUACUAACAUUCUAACAAGUAGAGUACAUGUCAAUGCAUGUAAAGUUAAUAUCAUUGAUGAGGAGCAGGUAUUAACACAACAGAGUAUGCUGUUGAUAUUUGCAUUCAGUAGAUUACAAGAAAGUUUUCUCUCUCUUUUUUUUUUUUUUUUUUUUUUUUUUUUAAGUUAAAAAAAAAAAAUCUGAACUGAAAUCUACUGUGUGUUGAAUAUGAGCCUGCUCAUUCCAAUCCAACUGUGGUUGCGGUGAAUACAGAGUGAUACAAGCUCUAGUGGAUAGACUUGUUCCAUUGCUUCUACAACAGCUAUUGCAAGACUAUGAAAAAUGGGUUCAAAAGCAAUGUGAGGACCUCUGAUGAACUGUGCUUCUAUUCUUCAUCCAGCCAACGUAUAAUUUAAAUAAUUUUUUUAAAGAAAAUGUGUCUCUUAAUGGUAUUUAAUAUUGUUCUCUGCUACCAUGACGACUCAAUGUAAAUGUUAUUUAUCAUACAUAUGAUAAAAUUUUGUUCUUUUA